AUAGAUGACGUAGGGAAAAUGAUACCCCGCCCCUGAAAUGAAUGUCCAAUAGUGUUCUGAGUUUUUGAUUUGACUUUCUUUUGAUUGGAUGUGGAAUAUAGAGUGGGCGGAGUAUAGGAUACAACCUUAUAUAUGCGUUGUGCUCUCAGAUUAGUUUACAUUACAAUUGACAAACACAUAGUAGCGUUCUAUUACACGGUGGGUUGGAGCAACGACGUGAACGCUGGCGCCUCACGGCUAGUAACGGGGAGUCAUCUGUUGCGCGACCACCUUGAGGUGAUCAGAUCAGAGGGGACAAAUAAUUGAUUUAAAGGACCCACUGCACAGGUUUAGGCACCAAGCUGAACGUCAUCAUCUGACCAUUCGAAAUCAUGGUGCAAAACAAAAUCACGGAGAUCACCGGAUUCCAUCGGUCCUUCAAGGGGCAAAACCCUUUCAAGACUGAAUUCAUAGAUCCGGAAUCCCAUCUUGGCUCGUCCUUCAAGAUAGACCACUCGCCAAGGCCUGACAUGCCAUCCAGCAAGCCCAUUGAUAUCCCUGAUGCCAAGAAAAGACAUAAGAAAAAGAAAAGAUGCAGAGCCACUGACAGUUUCUCUGGACGUUUUGAAGAUGUUUACAAACUGCAAAGUGAGAUUCUUGGUGAAGGGGCUUAUGCUGUUGUACAGACCUGCAUCAAUCUGAUCACCAAUAAAGAAUAUGCAGUUAAGAUAAUUGAGAAGAGGCCGGGCCACAGUCGGAGCCGUGUCUUCAGGGAGGUGGAAAUGCUCUACCAGUGUCAGGGCCACAGAAACAUUUUGGAACUGGUGGAGUACUUUGAGGACGAGGACAAAUUUUAUUUGGUCUUUGAAAAACUGAGAGGCGGUUCUAUCUUGACCCACAUACACCGAAGACAACACUUCAAUGAGCAGGAAGCCAGCAUAGUGGUGCAGGACAUCGCCAGUGCUCUGGACUUCCUACAUAACAAAGGGAUGGCACAUCGAGACCUAAAGCCAGAGAACAUCCUCUGUGAACAUAGUGACAGGAUUUCUCCAGUGAAGAUCUGUGAUUUUGAUUUGGGUAGUGGGAUCAAACUGAAUAGUGACAGCUCACCCAUCUCCACCCCUGAACUCUUGACUCCGUGUGGCUCAGCUGAAUACAUGGCCCCCGAGGUGGUGGAAGCCUUUAAUGAAGAAGCUAGCAUCUACGACAAGCGUUGUGACCUGUGGAGCCUUGGCGUCAUCCUUUACAUCAUGCUAAGUGGAUACCCGCCCUUUGUGGGUCGCUGUGGAACAGACUGUGGUUGGGAUUGGGGAGAGCCCUGCCAAGCCUGCCAGAGCAUGCUGUUUGAGAGUAUUCAGGAAGGCAAAUAUGAGUUUCCAGAGAAGGACUGGGCACACAUCUCCCCUGCAGCCAAAGACCUCAUCACCAAGCUGUUGGUGCAGGAUGCCAAAGACCGCCUCAGUGCUGCCCAAGUGCUGCAGCACCCAUGGGUUAAAGGGUGUGCACCAAACACUGUGUCUGCAUCCAUACUCCAUCAGAGGGGCGGUAGCGCUCAGGACCUGACGUUCUUUGCUGGGCAGGCCGUAGCCAUGAACCGGCAGCUGGCUGAGAGGGAAGAGAGCGAGGAGCAGCAGCAGCAGCUUGAGGAGUUCACCUCCCCACUUCUCUUCUCCAGCAGCUCCAUGCUGCUGUCUCCACCCUCGGGGUCCAACCUGGCCCGCCGCAGGAAGACCGCAGGCAGCCAGCAACAAGGGCCGGUGUGUGCUUCUGAACUGCGCCAGCUCCUCGCCCCACUUGUGCUCGUGGGCGACUGUGCCUGAUCUCUACCACCUUCUCCAGCCUCCGAUCACCCCUGACGACCUUUAUCAGAAUCUUCAACUAGGCAGUGUGUUGACCUCUGACCUCUCUGCCCAAUUACUUUGUGGGUCGUAAGCUCUUGUGGGAAGGACUCAUGUUUGUAGCACUUAAAGCACCUCCAAGGCCCCCUGCACACAAUUUUGAUUGGGUAAAAUGUGGCUGUUGUGGCUGGAAAGACUUGUUGACGUCUGAGAGCCCCAAGAAUCUGUCAAUAUAACAAUGUUUAC